GCCAAUCAGAAUUCAUUUAGUCGGAAGGAAAUUCGAAGAUGGUGGUGCAUGUUUGUCGUCUGCGGAGAUAAUGGUCAAACACUCGUAUGAACUCAAUUAUUUAACUUCUUAUAAAACGGACUGACGUUAUUUGUCGUUGAGUCUGAACAGAAAUUAAUGGCCAUGACGCUGAUAGACCAAGGGGUGAGAAACGUGGCAAAUUUUCGGCGAAAAUUAAAGAGAUGUCUUGAGAUUAACACUGCUACUGAAAACAAAGAAAAAUCUCAGCUGGAAGAAUUAGAACUUUUUACCAAAUAUUAUCAACUUUGGAAGGGAAACAAUGUUCAGAAUAAUAACACAUACUAUAGCAUUCCAAAAUUCUAUUGUCAACUCCCUCUAGAAGAGGAAAUCUUAUUGCAAAAGGUUCGAGAAGAAGCAAGAGCCUUGUUUUUGCAAAGAAGAAGCCGUGUUUUACUUGGAAAUGAAGAACUGCAGCAUUUAUGGUUUCUACUUGACAAACAUCACACUCCACCUCUUGUUGCUGACGAACAGAUGAUAAAUUAUCAUGACUUUCUUAAAGUGGCUGAACAAGCAGGGAGCAAGUGCAAAUCUUUCUUCACUGCUACUAUUUUUGGAAAAUUAUAUCAGAAUGAACAUUAUGGAAGAAUACCUAUUAUGCAGUUUUUUAAUUAUGUGAUGCGAAAAGUUUGGUUGCAUCAAACAAGAAUUGGAUUAUCUUUAUAUGAUGUUACUGGGCUUGGUUAUUUGAAAGAAACGGAUCUAGAGAACUACAUUUUAGAACUUAUCCCAACAUUACCACGAAAUUCCCAGCUCCAUACUUGGAUAAUUAAAGGAGGGUAUAGGUUGAAUGUCUUGGAAAGAUCUUUUUACUCCUUCUAUGUGUGUACUGCUGUCAGAAAAUUCUUUUUCUUCCUUGAUCCUAUGCGAACUGGAAAGAUUAAAAUUCUGGAUAUCCUUGCCUGUGGUUUUCUUGAUAAUUUAUUAGAGUUACGUGAUGAAGAACUCUCAAAAGAAAUGCAAGAAUCUAACUGGUUUUCAGCACCGUCUGCUUUGCGUGUAUAUGGUCAGUAUCUAAAUUUGGAUAAAGACCACAAUGGUAUGCUUAGCAAAGAAGAAUUAUCCAGAUAUGGUACAGGAACUUUGACUGAUGUUUUUCUUGACAGAAUAUUCCAGGAAUGCUUAACUUAUGAUGGAGAAAUGGACUACAAAACUUAUCUUGAUUUUGUUUUAGCCUUGGAGAAUCGGAAAGAGCCCCAGUCAUUACAGUACCUUUUUCGUAUUUUAGAUGUACAGCAGAAAGGUUAUCUUGAUACAUUCUCACUCAAUUAUUUUUAUCGAGCUAUUCAAGAACAAAUGAAAAGACAUAAACAAGAACCAAUAUUAUUUGAAGACGUCAGAGAUGAAAUAUUUGAUAUGGUGAAACCAAAAGAACCUUUUAAAAUAACUCUACAAGAUUUAAUUCAUAGGUGAGUUUAUUUUUUUUUAUU